GGCUGUCGUGGCUGUCGUGGUGUGAGCUCCACCAGGGGCACGGAGCCGUGGCCCGUGGGGUUGCUUUUUGUGAUAGACGCGGGUUCCUCCAGUGCAGCUUAGGCCGCGGCACAGAGUAUGAAUAAGAGUAACGAGUCUUGCUGAGGGUCGGUUAAAGUGUGUGCAUACGGAGAAUAUCCACGGAGCGGCUGGCACCGCUCCCAAGAGCUCAGAGAUGAACCGAUCUGACAGCGGUUCAGGAUUUAUUCUGUGGGGAAAAAGGGAUAUCAAAACCCCCCACAGAACCCAGCAACUGUUGUGCCUAGCUUGAUGAGCCAGAGAGAACAGAUACUAGUCUGUACAGAGAGAUGAACAGUAAGGCUGUCCUUUGUGAGCCUGAGAAUAGCAAAGGGACAGAGCUGUUCCUACCAACAACCAUUUAAAGAGGAGAAUUUCCCCAACACUUUGUAAGAAAGCCCUCCUGAGUUAGUCUCUGUGUGGCAGCAGGCUCUGCCUGUAGUGAACCUGUGAUUGUUCUUUCGGGGGAUAAUACUUUAUAGUUAUGUAGAUGCCACCUUAGAAGGCUUCUGGAGGCUGUUUUUGCUGGUGUCGCUCAUAAUGCCUAAACUUGCUUCCAGUGAAAGGGGUGAACAGAAAUUGUUGCGGCGCUAUUUGAGUGUUUCGCUGAGUUUUCUCCUUUGGCACAGGUAUUUCCAUCACAGAGGGUGGAAAUCAUAAACUACAAUGCUGAGGAAAUGUAACACUUGAUGUUACUUUUUAUCCUUUUUCCAGUGGAUUCCAUUUCUAGCCCGACUCUGGUUUAAAAACGAAACAGUUUUACAGGCAUCCUGUGAGUGACUUUUGUCUCUUUUUCAUUCAAGGUGGAGCUAAGCGACGUUAACUAAAGAGAGACAGCUCUGCAGACCAGUUGUGCUGUUAAAUUAGGCUCAAACCCAUUCAUUGCCUUUCUGGAAGCAAAGUCCUGACGUUUCCCAGCAUGGCUCUGGCUGUCACGUGGCUGAAGGGUGCUCACUUAGGCGGUGGAUGCUGCAGGCACAAAGUUUUGCACCCAUUUCUUGGCCCUCUCCUCAGCCACUCCGUGUCAAAACCAUACAGCAGCUACCGGCGGCCAGGCUCGCAGCCUGAGAAGCAGCUGUCUUGGAAAAAUGUAGACUUCAGUUUUAAGAAGGGCUUUGAUGUCCUAAAGACUCAGCUGGGCAUGCUGAAGAAGGAGACCGAAGAUUACAUGGUAGGACCCGGAGGCCAGCCGUUUGAUCAGUACUUUCUGGAACAGACAAAGGUGCUGUGGGAGUUUCGGAGCCAAGAAGACUUACGGAAAUGGGUUAUUUCCUCUGACGUAGAGAUUGGAGGGAAAAGUGAAGUUUACCUCAAGAUGGGCAGGAACAACCAGGCUGCCAUGCUGUAUGGAACCCUCAACACUGAAGUACCUCGUGACGGGGAGACCAAGUACAGUGGAUAUUGCAGCAUGAGAGCGAAGCCUCUGGUGGGAUCUUUUGCUAGGAAGAAGUAUUAUGACUGGUCCAACUUCAACAGCCUGUAUUUACGUGUCCGUGGGGAUGGCAGACCUUGGAUGGUCAAUAUCUACACAGACCCUUACUUCUCUCAUCAAAAGGAUGACCUCUAUAACUACUUUAUGUUCACACGAGGAGGCCCGUACUGGGAGGAGAUCAAGAUUCCAUUCUCCAAAUUCUUCCUUUCCAGUCGGGGAAGAGUCCAGGAUGACCAGCAUCCCCUGUGGUUAGACAAGGUUAGUACCCUUGGCUUCACCAUUGGAGAUAAAGUGGAUGGUCCUUUCCAGCUGGAGAUUGAUUUCAUUGGCCUGCUGAACGAUAGAGCUCACACGGAGGAAUUUGCCUAUGAAGUGUAUGAGAAGAACCCUCGAGGCCGAUGAGGGCUGGUGGCCUUUGGGACUGCUUGGGCUGCUGGGUCAUUUGUAUCAAAUGCUGCUUUGAUGGUUGUGUAAACACAGAGAGAAGGAGAUGAAGCCUUGGCUGCAGAAAUCUGACCUGAGUGAUACUGAGGGGCAUCUUCAAGCUGCCAAGUGCCCAGCCCCCAAGAGACUGAACAUACAAGGACUGGAGCAUGGCCUGAGCCGUGCCAGGACACAUUCCUGCACACUAGUCUGGGGGCUCCUGUCCAGGCUCUUUUCAGGAGCUCAGUGUAGUUCUGUACAACACUUUCCUUCUUGACAGUAUAUGCUUUGUAGGGAGUUGUCAACACUCCCAGACACUAGUUUUGAACUGGGAAAUGUACAAUGAGCACGAAGAGCCUGAGGCCAGGUGCAGAAGGGUGACUCAGCAUUGAAAUUAAUAAAGAGCA